AUGAAGCUUGACCUCGAGCCGUCAUUCGAAAACGAGGGCAAAACGUACAGGACGUACGACGAGGCGGCCGAGGACCCUGUUCAGUUGCGCGUCCGCAAUCACUACUACAACCAGCAUCGUCUGCAGACCGUCGACUUCGUCAAGUCUAUGGUGAGAUUGUUUGAGAAAGUCCACAUGUAUAAGACACUAUUGACCGUUGGCUGAUGUUGAUAUUGACGACUUGCUACUUUUUUUUAAUGAGAUUGGGGAAGUUUUUCGUCCUCAAUGUGUUUUUAAAUAAUAUUCUUGCAAAACUUUUUUUAGGAACAACAGAAGAAAAGAAUGAAGACUUCCUGUAUUCAAACCUUGUUCUCACAAGUCAAAAAAAGUAGUUCUUCUUCUUCAAAAACCUCAAAAAAAGUUAUCAGAAUUUAUAUAGAAAUAAAAAAUCAAAAUUCGAAAAAGUUCAAAGGAAAAUUGAAUUCAUUAAAACAGAAGUCUUUCUGGUUCUCUAGCAUGAAUUCCUGACCUUUCACCUUCGGUAUCAAACUCAAAAUGAAGGUCGUUUCUCUUCAAAUAUCUCUCUCCCAUCUUUUUUCAAACCGGAACGUUACACAGCCAACUGUCUUCGCAAGAAAUAAAACUUUAUUUCUUUUUUGUAGCACAAGAAAUGGCUCAAAUUCUCACACGCCAAGAUGCCAAUCCUGGAAUGUUUGGACAUUCUUUCGAGCUUUCUUGAUGAGUCCGAUCCCGACGUGAGUUAUUUCUUUUAUCAUCUUAAAAAGAAACUCGUUCGCUAGUUGCGUUAAAUAAUAGAGAACGUCACAGACAGUUCGAAAAUUUCGAGUUAGAGUAUAUCAAAAAAGGACUUCUUCCAAAGUCUAUUCACAGACUGAGAGGUUCUAAACAAGGUGACAAAGAAAAGAAACAUUUCUUGAUUAUCAGUUCAUCAAUAAGUUUUCUAACAAAACAAAGUCUGACUGUUCGCAAAGACAAGUGGGAAGAAUUCAGGUCGACGAGGCCAACCUCUUCCACGCCUAUCAGACGGCGGAGCGGAUCCGGAAAGCGCAUCCGGACAAGCCUUGGAUGCACUUGGCCGGCCUGGUCCACGACCUCGGCAAGGUGAUGAGCGUCUGGGGCGAGGAGCAGUGGGCUGUCACCGGUACUCAUUGAAUAAAGAGAAGAAAACCAUAUUUCGAUUCAGGAGACACGUAUCCAGUUGGAUGUGCUCCAUGUCCGACAAUCGUUUACGGCCUGAAGAGUUUCGACGGGAACCCCGAUUUGGAGGACAAUCGGUACAAGUAAGUACUAUUCAGACUUGAAAUUGAUGAAACUAUGGUUUUCUGUGGUGACUAGAAGAAUAAGUUUUGAUGGAAAGCUCAAAAGCUGAGCUGGAUCUACUCACUCCUUUUUUUUUACAAAUCUUCAACGAAAACGGUGAAUAGGCGUUGAAAAACACCUAUGAGCAAAAAUUACAAAGUUGAAAUUUCUCAGUUAUUUUUAAAUAUAAACCGUUUCAAAAAAAAAAUCGCAAAAUACCUGUUUUCAAAUAGUUCCAAUAAUUAUCAAAUUGACUGAUUCAAUAUUUCCAGCACCCAAAAAUGGAAUCUACGAAAAAAACUGCGGAAUCGACAACUUGCUUAUGACGUGGAGUCAUGAUGAGUACAUGUAUCAGGUUCGUUUUAUUAAAAAUGAAAUAUUAUUUCCUGAUUCGAAAAGGAAAAAAAUGAUUUCAAAAAAAUUCAAACGAAAAAAAAUAUGAAAAAAAUUUCAUACAAUAGUUUGAUCCCUGAAGUUCUUUGAAAAACUCACAGGCUUUCGCCAAAGAUUGCAUAUCCUUUUAUAAAAUAGACUGAAAAGCUUCUGAACUAAUUGAAUACUUUCCCUACAAACCGGAAAAUUCGGAAAUUCACAGGUACUCAAAAAUCACGGGUCGACGUUGCCCGAAGAGGCUCUGUACGCCAUUCGAUUCCACUCCUUCUAUCCCUAUCAUUCUCACGGCGGCUACAAACAAUUCGAGAGUCUUGAAAACGAGAAAAUGAAGCCGGCAAUCAUGAUGUUGAAGUAAGUUCCGCUUCUGGUUUUUUUUCAAAGGUGACUGACUAAAGAGUAAAAAAAUGUGACAAGUCCAAGCGAUUCCCAUUUUUUUUUUCAAAUAUCGCCUAAAGUUUUAAUUUUGAAUAAUAUUUUGCUAUCGAUUGCUGCUUCACUCUUCUACUUUACAGCUCUCUAUGUGAAAUUAUCCCUUUAAACCUGCGAUUCGUUCAAAAAAAAAAAAUCAAAAAAAAGUUCAAAAUCGAAAAAAAGAAGGCGUACCUCAAAACCGUGAAAAGUUAUCAUAUUGCAGCGACUGCGACCUCUACUCGAAAAACGACGAGACGCCGAAUAUCGAAAAUCUCAAGCCUUAUUACCAAUCCCUAGUCGAUCAAUAUAUUCCGGGUGACGUCGCUUGGUGA